CACAAAGUCGAGUCCAUUGUUCUCCCAUAAUUUCCUGGGGGUGUUUAUUUCUUGUUCUCCUUUGGGGUUGCAUUUCCCAGCUUGAGCCACGCUCGUUACGCCCAGGAACCCCACGGGCCACCUUGACCGCAAUCCGGGGAUAUUCCAGGACUUGACCAGUGCGCCUCAUUCAUAAUCAGACCUCCCCUUUAUUCGGGGGGUAGUUGAGCCUAUCGUGGACGUCAAGCAGCUCGUCCGUGGAGGCUAGAGGCCAAAGGUUCUAUGGCGGAGAACAAGCGCCAAAGCUCAGUGAAGGCGUCCGCGCAAAAAUCAUCUGGUAACUCAUCAAGCUCCGGCAUGGCGGCUAUGGUGCCCUUGGAGGCCGCAUUGAGCGGGGCGAUCGGUGCCCGUGUGCGCCUCACCACCGCCCAACCCAAUGUGAUAACCCACGAAGGUACUUUGUUCACAGUCGAUCCGAUCACCAGCCUUGUAGCCAUCAACACCGCCCCGGCGCCCAACCCCGGCGACGUCAAACAGGCCCAGAACGGUGACUAUCAUGUCAUCCCCAUCUCGCGCAUCCAAGGCUUCCAAAUCCUCUCCCUUGCUGCGCCCUCGAGCUCCACCUCGUCUUCGUUCACCGACGCCCAACCCACAAUUCAGGCGCUCGACACCCGUGCGCUGAGGGCACGCGAGAUGAAGGCGAUUAGCGAGCUGCACGAGCGCGAAGCGCGUCGUGGCAAGGGCGUCACUCGGGAGGCUCAGGAGCUCUUCGAUGCUUUCAGCCGUACUAUGCCCGCGCGCUGGAAUGGAAACAACAUUGUUGUCGCGGAUGCCGUGACCAUUUCGGCUCCGUACAAGUCUGACGAUUGUCGCCCGAUUAUCGACGGUGAUACAGCAGCGCUCGCUCGAGUGCGCAAGGUGCUCGAGAUGGAGCGCAAGAAGAUCGAGCUUCGCAAUGCGAGCGCCACUAUUGGAUCCACUAGCACCUUCUCUCGCCAUCCCAAUAUCCCCGGCGACCAGCGCAAAGGCGGAUAAUCGUGCCAACUCCGACCUUCGGACACGCAGACAUCCGGUGAUAUCGUUGGAGAGGUCUAGCGUGGCAUUCGAGCCUGUCCACGGCGUUCGAAAACAGUUGAUAGAAAUACCCCAACCUAAAAUCGAUUUUGAAAUGGGAUUGAGAGAAUCCGAAAGCGGGUUUAAUGAGACGACUGCGUGGUCAGAUGACUGCUUGUUUAAGGGGAUGGAUGACCCGGCGGAAUCAUUUGCUAUAGCCCGGCUCUUGAUAGGCUCUGCUUGUCACCAUGCCGGGCUGGC